CAAUACAGAAGUUACUAGAGUGCAGUUCUGUAGACAGUUGCAGUGCAGCGCUACAUCAGUGCGGGCAAUCAUGAAGGCUACCUGUGUCUGUAUUUUGGCGGCCAUCAUUGCGAUCAAAGCAGAUCAAGCAGAAGGCAACCGAGAGUCAGUGUUCAUCCACUUUGAGCGCUAUGCGGUGAACGAGGGUGAUCCAGGUGCUGUGGCGAGGGUACGUGUUGACCGCGUGGGUCUGGCGAACAGGCGGACAACAGUCAGCUACUCUCUGCUAGAAGACACCGCCACAGCCGGUGACGACUUCGACGGGAUACCAGGCACCGUUACCUUUGAGGCGGACGAACGUACACAGUACAUCAGGAUUCCCAUCUUUGAUGACAGCGAGUUGGAGAGUAACGAGAUGUUUGAGGUACGUCUUGAUCACACAGACAACGGCAGUCUCGGAGAAACAAGACAAGUGGCUGUGUACAUCAUGGACGACGAACUGAAAGCGUAUCUGCAAGCUAACCAACGUUGAAUCUGCUGUCAUAGCCACGAAACGAAAUGCAGGACUUACACUGAAUGUAUCAUAGUUCCAGUGAUUAAAUAUACCCAUAACAG